GAGCUCUGCAGAUUCCGUGGACUCCAUUUUACUCAGAAGCCCCCCACCCCCCAAUAGAGAACACACUUACAGCUAAAGCUAAGAUAGAAGUAUUCAGGAAGGCACUCAUCACCAGACAAGUUAUAAGACAAAUUCGAAAUUCAACAGCAAAGACAUUUCCGAGGGUCGAUGGUGGACGUGCUGAUGGGGACUGGAAAAGGAUUUUCUUCUCUGGGAUCAGACAUAAUGGGGAUGGCGCAAACAAAAGCACAUCGCAAGAAAAGGCAAGUGGCAAUUUUUAUUAUAUGGAUGCUUUUGUGGGAAGCCAGUUCAGAAUCGAUUCAAUAUUAUGUAUUGGAAGAGUCAGAAACUGGCACAUUUGUGGCCAGUUUGACAAAGGACCUGGGACUCAGGAGAGGAGAACUGGCUGCACGGGGUGCCCAGGUUGUUUUCAAGGGGAACAGACAGUAUUUGCAGCUUGACCCAAAGACCUAUGAUUUACAGCUAAAUGAGAAACUGGACCGGGAAGAGCUGUGCGGCUCCACUGAGCCAUGUGUGCUACCUUUCCAAGUGUUACUGGAAAAUCCCUUGCAGUUUUUUCAGGCUGCUUUACGAAUCACAGAUAUAAAUGACCACGCCCCAGAGUUCCUCACCAGAGAAAUGCUACUAAAAAUAUCAGAAAUUACUACACCAGGAAAGCUAUUUCCUUUGAAAAUGGCACAGGAUUUAGACGUGGGUAGCAACAGUCUUCAGAGCUACAUAAUCAGCUCCAAUCCUCAUUUCCACGUUCUCACUCGCAAUCGCAGCGAUGGCAGGAAGUUCCCGGAGCUGGUGCUAGACAAAGCACUGGACCGCGAGGAGCAGCCUGAGUUUAGGCUUACCCUCACAGCGCUGGAUGGUGGGUCUCCGCCCCGGUCUGGGACCACGGAGAUUCAGAUCCUGGUCUUGGACAUCAAUGACAACGCUCCAGAGUUUGCUCAGGAGCUCUAUGAGGCACAAAUCCCUGAAAACAAUUCCCUGGGCUCUCUGAUUAUCACCGUCUCAGCAAGAGAUUUAGAUGCAGGGUCCUUUGGGGAGGUAUCUUAUGCCCUAUUUCAGGUAGAUGACAUUAAUCAACCCUUCGAAAUAAACGCAAUUACAGGAGAAAUUCGACUGAGAAAGACUUUGGAUUUUGAGGAAUUUCAAUCUUAUCAUUUGGAUAUUGAGGCUACAGAUGGCGGGGGACUAUCGGGAAAAUGUUCUUUAGUCAUCAAGGUUCUGGACGUAAAUGACAACCCUCCUCAAUUGACCAUGUCCUCACUCAUUAGUCCCAUUCCCGAAAACCUGCCAGAAAUCAUAGUAGCAGUUUUCAGUGUGUCAGAUGCAGAUUCCGGACAAAAUCAACAGGUUAUUUGUUCUAUAGAUGACAAUCUGCCCUUUUUUCUAAGACCAACAGUCGAAAACUUCUACACCUUGGUAACUGAAGGAGCGCUGGAUAGAGAGAGCCAGGCCGAGUACAACAUCACCAUCACCGUCACCGACCUGGGGACCCCCAGGCUGAAAACUCAGCACAACCUAACGGUGACGGUGUCCGACGUCAACGACAACGCCCCGACCUUCAGCCAGACGUCCUACACCCUGCGCGUCCGCGAGAACAACAGCCCCGCGCUGCACAUCGGCAGCGUGAGCGCCACCGACAGAGACUCGGGCGCCAACGCCCAGGUCACCUACUCGCUGCUGCCGCCCCACGACCCGCAGCUGCCGCUGGGCUCGCUGGUGUCCAUCAACGCGGACAACGGGCAGCUGUUCGCGCUCAGGUCGCUGGAUUUCGAGGCGCUGCAGGCGUUCGAGUUCCGCGUGGGCGCGGCCGACCGCGGCUCGCCGGCGCUCAGCAGCCAGGCGCUGGUGCGCGUGCUGGUGGCGGACGCCAACGACAACGCGCCCUUCGUGCUGUACCCGCUGCAGAACGGCUCGGCGCCCUGCACCGAGCUGGUGCCGCGGGCGGCCGAGGCGGGCUACCUGGUGGCCAAGGUGGUGGCGGUGGACGGCGACUCGGGCCAGAACGCCUGGCUGUCGUACCAGCUGCUCAAGGCCACGGAGCCCGGGCUGUUCGGCGUGUGGGCGCACAACGGCGAGGUGCGCACGGCGCGGCCGCUGAGCGAGCGCGACGCCGUCCAGCACAGGCUGCUGGUGCUGGUCCGGGACCACGGCGAGCCGCCGCUGUCGGCCAGCGUCACGCUGCACGUGCUGCUGGUGGACGGCUUCUCGCAGCCCUACCUGCCGCUGCCGGACGCGGCGGCGGCCGAGGCCCGCGCCGACCCGCUCACCGUCUACCUGGUGGUGGCCUUGGCGUCCGUGUCGUCGCUCUUCCUGUUCUCGGUGCUGGUGUUCGUGGCGGUGCGGCUGUGCAGGAGGAGCCGGGCGGCGUCGGGGGCCGGCUGCUCGGUGCCCGAGGGUCCGUUUCCGGGCCACCUGGUGGACGUCAGCGGCGCGGGGACCCUGUCCCACAGCUACCAGUAUGAGGUGUGUCUGACGGGAGGCUCAGGAACCAAUGAAUUCAAGUUCCUCAAGCCCAUCAUCCCCAACUUCCCUCCCCAGGGCAAGGAAAUGGAGGAAAACCCCACGGUUCGGGAUAGUUUCCUAUUCAGUUAAGUAUUGGAUUAUCCUAUUAAGCCCUACUUAGUAAGUUUGAAAAUCUCUUUUAACUUAGUUACAUGUUAUGAUAGUCUGUUCUUUAAUUAUUUUACUACACUUUAAGUUGAAAAAAAUCAGAUACUCGUUAUACACAGUGCUUUCCCUAUAUCAUGCUUAGUAGAUUUGUGUUACUGUCAACUAUAUUUGACAAUCUGAAUAAAAAGUAAAUUUUAUUUGCAUAAUUUAAAAAUUUUGAAAUUCAAUCAUCUAUCCAUUUUAAGAAAAAUUGUAAUACAAAGCCUGUAAGUAAGAUUGUGUAACUAUUGGUGACAACUGUCAUGACUAUUACUAUGAAGGGAAAUUUUUUUUUUUUAGAUUUUAUUUAUUUAUUUGACAGAGAGAAAUCACAAGUAGGCAGAGAGGCAGGCAGAGAGAGAGGAGGAAGCAGGCUCCCUGCCGAGCAGAAAGCCCGAUGUGGGGCUUGAACCCAGGACCUGGGAUCAUGACCUGAGCCAAAGGCAGCGGCUUAACCCACUGAGCCACCCAGGCGCCCCAUAUGAAGGGAAAUUCUUAAAGUGUGAGUGUUUUGGGGUGCCUGGCUAUCUCAGUUGGUAGAGAAUGUGACUCUUGAUCUCACUGGUGAAUUCAAGCCCCAUACUGGGCAUACAGCCUACUAAAAAAAAAAAAAAGAAUAAAAUGGGAGUGUUUGAUAUUAUGUAAUCUGCAGUGUAAGUCUCAUUUUGGGGGAAUGGCUACAAUGUGAAUAGUUAAAGAUAAAUACUAAAGAAGGCUAAAUGCUGAGAUAACCAUUUAUAUGUAUGUGUAUUUCAAUAUACUACAGUAGUCAAUACAUUUUUCUAUACAUAUAAACUUUGCAAAAUGUCAAUAAAUUAAAAUCCAGUUUGUGAGCUUCAUGUAAGUGUAUGAUAGUAUUUUUAAUAAUUCCAAGCCAAAUAUAAAUGCAUAAUAUUUGAUGAAUGUUAUCAAUAUUCCAACUGUGAAUUUUAAAAAUUAAUUUUCAAGGAAUACAGAAAAAUGUUAAUAUUCUCUUCACAAUGCAGUACCUUUGGUUAAUAAGUGAAAUUAAAUAUCAUUCUUUUACUUUCUUUCUAAACAAACUACCCUUCACACACCAUAAACUCUAAUACAGAAUAUAAAAUGUUGAGAGUACAUUUUAUCUCCUUGUCUUUGUCUACCAAUCUGAAAAUUCAAAUGUAUCUUUUAAAGAUUUUAUUUAUUUGAGAGGGAGAGAGAGCACAAGCA